UUGGCUGCUGCACUUUUCCUCCGCCCCUAUCCCGGGCAUUGAGCGGCAGCAGCGGGGAACGCCGCUCUAAGUCCCCACGCUGGAGCUGAGGCUCGGCUCAGCGCGGAUAAGGGCGCGGAGCGCACUGAGAACCCUACUUUCUCGUGAGCCCGAGCCCAGCAAAUGGGCGAAUGACAAAGGAGAGCAAGGACAUGGACUGCUAUCUGCGUCGCCUCAAACAGGAGCUGAUGUCCAUGAAGGAGGUGGGGGAUGGCUUGCAGGAUCAGAUGAACUGCAUGAUGGGCGCACUUCAGGAACUGAAGCUCCUACAAGUGCAGACGGCAUUGGAACAGCUGGAGAUCUCGGGAGGCACGCCCACCUUCAGCUGCCCUGAGAGCUCACAGGAACAGCCUGAGUGCCCUCGCUGGCAGGGUAGUGGAGGGCCUGCUGGGCCUGCUGCCUGGACCUCCUCCAGCCAACCAUCUUUUGACAGUAGCCCCAAGUUGCCAUGCCGUAGGAGUGUCUGUGGGAAGGAGCUGGCUGUCCUUCCUAAAACCCAGCUGCCGGAGGAGCACCAGAGCUGUACCCAACAGGGGACAGAGUGGGUGGAGCCAGAUGACUGGACCUCCACGUUGAUGUCACGGGGCAGAAAUCGGCAGCCUCUGGUGUUGGGGGACAAUGUUUUUGCAGACCUGGUGGGUAACUGGCUAGAUUUACCAGAACUGGAAAAGGGCGGGGAAAAGGGUGAGACUGGGGGAUCCAUUGAACCCAAAGGAGAAAAAGGCCAGUCCAGAGAGCUGGGUCGUAAGUUUGCCCUAACCGCAAACAUUUUUAGGAAGUUCUUGCGUAGCGUGCGGCCCGACAGAGACCGGCUGCUCAAGGAGAAGCCUGGCUGGAUGACUCCCAUGGUCUCUGAGUCACGAGCAGGACGCUCGAAGAAAGUCAAGAAGAGGAGCCUUUCUAAGGGCUCAGGACGGUUCCCUUUCUCAAGCACAGGAGAGCCCAGACAUAUUGAAACCCCCGCCACAAGCAGCCCCAAGGCCUUAGAACCCUCCUGUAGGGGCUUUGACAUUAACACAGCUGUUUGGGUCUGAGAGAUGCUCACUGAACCUAAAAUGCAGACUGGUGAGGGCCCUGGGGGAGAGGGAGGGCAGAUGGCAUGGUCUUCAGACCAGAUGCAAGUUCCCAUCCUCAGAAAGAAAGAAAGAGUUCUCAGUCAGGCCUCAGUAGAACCAAGUGGAGAGAGGCUGUCUGUCACAGGUCAGGCUGAGCUGAGUCCCUAGAGAGAAUGUGUGUAUUUGUGUGUGUGUGUGUGUGUGUGUGUGUGUGUGUGUGUGUGAUGGUGGUGGUGGUGGUGGUGUUCUUUGAGGCUGGAUGUGACAAUAAUUGGGAGAGGCAGGAGAGGAGUCCAGGAAGCCUGUGUUACUCCUCCACUACUUCCCAAGACCUCAUUUGAACAUCCUAUAUGGAAAGGGGCAUUGAGCCCUCAGGUUUCCCAGAGGAACUUCCAAUAAAGACCAGUCUCAGGGACCCGCAACCAUUUUAAUGGUCUGCUUCCUGACAAGGCACUGCUACAGGCAAGGGGUUUUCAUUUGUAAAGGGUUGGUAUCACAGACCUUACUAGGACCAAGAUUUUAGCCCAUAGCUGGGUACUGGGGACCCAGAACAAGCAGGUGUGUGUGUGUGUGUGUGUGUGUGUGUGUGUGUGUGUGUGUGUGUGUUGAGGAAGCCUGAGAAGCCCUAGGUCUCCAAAGAGCAGAGGAGAAGCAACGUGCUUUCACGCAGGCACUGUCUCAUGAGUCCAAGUAGGCGUGCCCAACCAGCAUGGUAUUUCAUAAAGCAGCAAGCUCUGAGAACACACUCGGCUGCCAGGAGACAAAACAGGGCAGGCCGAUCUCAUGGUUAUAAAUGGACCCUAGAGUCACACACGGCCUGGUCCAGCAGUGAGAGCCCAUCCUGACCCCUGUUGCCUGCCAUAAUGCUCCUGCAGGGCAGCAGAUGGUUGGGGUGAACCUAGAAAUAAUACCCAUAUAUUUAGAAAAAUUCUUAGUCUACAUCUCAUAGUCAUGCGGUGAGCUGGACACAUCUAUCCUCAUCAACCUGGAAGUCAACAGGGGACCCGCAGGGUGGGGUUGAUGCCAGGCACUUUAUAUAGUGAGCAGGCAUGCAAGCCUGGGUCCAUAAGGAAUCCAUCUCAGCCCCCACCCCUUAGCCAGGAGAGAACAAAGUAGGCCCCUGUUCAAGCCCAGCUAUCCCGGAGGGUGCCUUAGCUCCUCCCUCACCCCCUCCGGCAGACCUAGCUCAGCUUGAUGGGGUGUGACAACUGCAAUUAGAGGCAAGCCGCCUGCUGCCCCCAGAGCAUUAAGAGCAAAUUGGAGAAGAAAAAUAACAAGAGAAGCUCUUCUGCCUGCAGUCUAGACUCCCAAGGGACUGAGAGGAGGAAGGGAGAGCUUAGGGGACAGGGAUGGGGAGGUAACAGUAAGAUUGGGAAGGGUUGCCCACAAGUUCCCAUCAAGUUAAAUGAGAGAUGGCUUUAUUUAUUUAUUUUUAGAGUGGGGAUUUUUUAAAAAAAUCUGUAGCUUUUUGCUAGGCAAUGUACCUAUCUCAGAACGAUUAAUCAAUGGGGUCAAAGGGUCCUGGCAUGCACGUUGCCCCCAUCAAGCUGCUCAAAAAGGAAAGCAGUUCCCAGCUCAAAUCUGUGGGCAUCAGGCUUAUCUACUUUGGCCUGGUGUUUGUCAGCUGAGCUCACUCUUUCUGGUCAAGCAUGUCCUUGUCCAUCCUGUCUCCGUUGAACUUCUGUCUCUGGUGAAGGAAGAUAACGGUAGCUCCCUCUGAUGGCCGCUGUGAUGUGUGUGAAGAAGGACCAUGUGAAAACCCCACACCCUGACUCCUGAAGGGUGGCACACUCAACAGAUGAUCCAAGAGGACAUGGACUUUGAUGGCAUAGGAAGCCAGGUCACCUCCUCACCAUCCAUGGACAACUCUCUUGGCUUGUGGACCAGUCAUAGUUCACAUCAUUUAAAUCAACUAACAUGUGCUGGAACCAUGGCUCAGUGGUUAAGAGUACUGACUGUGGUUCCAAAGGUCCCAAGUUCAAACCCCAGCAGCCACUUUUACAGCCAUUAAAUCAACUAACAUGACAGACUCCUUGCUUGUCUGGGCACUGUAAUAGAAGGUGAGAACUCAAUGAUAGGAAAGGAACCAGCUGCUGGCCUCCACAUCUACCAAGGCACACAAAGAAAUGCAGUGAACAGAGUCAGGGGACCAAUACAAAACAACUAGGAAGUAAUUUGUGCAUCUAAGAUAAUACAUAUGUGUCAGGCACCUUUGCCUUUAUUUUUCUUAUUUCCUUCCUUCCUUCCUUCCUUCCUUCCUUCCUUCCUUCCUUCCUUCCUUCCUUCCUUUCUUUCUACACCUGGGAAAUGGUUGCUCAUUUUACCCAAAUAGGCUCAGAGAAGUUAACUCUUUCAAGGUCACACAGUACAAAGCUGGGAUUGAAUCAGUUUGUAAUUGACUUCCAAUCUUACAUUCAUGCUACCUGGCAAACUGUCUACAUUUGCUCCACAGCCAGAUCAAGAAUAACAUUUGUCUUCUGAGAUUAUUCAUGUCUCUUCAUGAUUGACAAGUGGCAUGCUAAUUACCCUUUGGAGGAAUUUUGCCUGGGUCUCAGAGUGGCUGAUAUAAUGUCCCAACUACUAGGUCAUGCUUGGUUGAUGAAAGCUUAUGGUGACUCAACCUCAUAUAACUUUUACUUUCCUGUCCAUAUCCUUGGCUCUUGCUGAGACAGUAAUGGAGAGUGUGUCACUGAAGUGAAGAGGUGCAUAGAAAUGCUCUGGCAGUCAUGGGAAGAGAUGGUGAUAAUAGGCAGAGAGAAAUUGACAGCUAAAUUCUGCCCCUUGGGCUCAUUUUAUGGUUAAUUAGGACAAGUAAAUAAGCUGGAAGCUCAUUUAAUACCCUUCCUGGCAUAGAGGCCUGCCCCACAGCUGGCCUAAUUCCUUGGCAGGCCUCUAGUUGGCCUAGGUAUCUUCUCGGAGAUCUACCUGCCUCUCUGCAUCCCUGUCUGUGGUCAGCCUGUAGAUAUUUUCCAACCACAGUAUCUACUGGAAGUGCCUCUCCCUGCUGGGCACGGUUGGUAGAGGCGGCCAGAUCUCUGUUUCCUCUUUCUUCUCUCCUCUAUGCUCUUCUGUAGCCUACCCUCAGGGUGAUCUCUAACCCAAACUAAUCCCGAGGAACAGACACUUGGCUCAGCUCCACCUACUACCUGGCUCACCUGUUCCCAGAAUCUCCAUAGAAGAGGGCACUUUCUUUCUCAAGUUACCCUAACAUUCUCUGCAGGAUAAAAUCAUGAGUCCAGCCUGUCUGUGGAACUGGGGCCUGUCUGCAGCUUCCCUGCAGAAGUGUCCAUUCACUUUGGGUGAUCUUCCCGACCAAGAUACUUAGGUGUUUUGGCCAGCACCAGUAUUUCUAUGAAUUCCUGAUCUGGAGUUGAAUAGACAGGAAUCAAGACCUAGGCUUUUCACUGUGUGAACCUGAGCAUGUGGCCUGACCUGCUGGAAGCUCCUCUGCUCUUGUGUGAAGCAGGAAUGCUGUCAGGCACACAGCACAACACACCAGUGGUGGAGAACGCUAAUCCCAACACACAAAUUCCACAGAAAUGGCACUAUCCUCGGGUCUCCUGCCUAACCAUGGACAAAGCUGAGAAUAAACAGUGCUUUACUUUGA